AUGCCGGGCAAUUUGGUCCACGUCUCGCCAGAGGACGUGGCCAAAUGGCCGCCACCAAACUAUGACCAUCCACAGACCCGGGAUUGGAUGCCGAUAUUCGUCGGCAUUUGGUACGGCUUUGCCACCUUCAUGUCGGGUGUGCGGUUAUGGCUGCGCGCCUACAAGAAGCAGGCGGGAGGUCUCGGAUUAGAUGAUCUCCUUCUCUUCGUCGCCUGGAUCGGUUCCACGGCCGUCGCAGUCACGGCGAUUCUCAGUACAGAAGUGUACAUGGUCAACCGACACAUGUGGGAUAUCCCACCCGGCACCUACGAAAGCAUCGCCAAAGUCGUCUGGGGCGCCGAGAUGGCAUUUCUCAUCACAAGCUGUUCCAUCAAAGUUUCCGUUCUUCUCUUCUACCGUCGCCUCGUCAAUGGUCUUUGCGCCCGUUACUGGGUCUGGGCCCUCGUUGCCACGAUCAUUUUCACCGUUGCCUAUACAGCGGCUUUCAUUCUUGCACUCUUCUUCAAUUGUACGCCAACAGAAGCCUACUGGCGUUCCUUCAACCCGACUUACACCGAGCCAUAUCAUUGCGCCAACACUACCAUCAUCAACAUUCUGGCUGGCGUGUUCGCCGCCACCAGCGAUCUCUGCGCUGUUCUUUUACCAAUGAUCAUAACAUGGAAUUUCACCAUGUCGCGCAAGCAGAAAAUAGCUCUGAAUUGCAUCUACUGCUUGGGUUUCCUUGUCGUGGCGGCCAGUGGGGCACGAACGUAUCAUCUGUGGGAGGUUGGCCAUGAGUCAGAUGUCACCACGUACAUCUAUAACUCCUAUGUCUGGGCGAUACUCGAAUUGAACCUCGCCAUCAUCUGUGCGUCAGCACCAGCGCUUCGAUCACUACUGCGCGACCACCUCGACACGCCUAUGAAACGGUACCGCAAUGCAGAGUACAGGCCUGCAGAAACUCGAAGCUAUUCCAAUACCAGCAAACAGGUCCUGGUCGAUCGACGCACCGAUCGACUGCCCAGCGACUUUUCUGGCUAUCAGGACUCCUCGUUGCGACAUGGCUCACAAUCCGAGGUGGAAGACGGUUCUUAUCGCUCAAUGGAGAAUUGCCAUCUCGUCCGCACGCCGUCGUAUCCAGAUGGCGAGGCAUACGGAAUGCAGACCAUGGGCUCGCCUGGUCGCGGGCGACGCGGGAGUGAUUGA